AUGGAUAUCGGUCAUUCCACGGGGACGACGUCUUCUUGUAGAACAGUAUGCUACGAUUACAAUUACCGUCAACGAGAUCGUAUGCUAUCUAAUUCAUUAUACUCUGCUUUGCAUCAGGCCACAAAGAUUUCUGAUGUACCACGGUCCUAUCUAUCUUCAGAUUCCACUUCCUCAAAUCAUCCAGCAACGCAAAACGAAAGUUCUAUUCGCUCAGUAAAAUUCGCGGUUAAUGUGUAUCUUAACCAGACUCAGAGUAGCAGCUCGUCAUUAUCGUUUGCCAAUUCAAACAAAAUAUGCAGAGAGUAG